AUGGACCAGGUCCAGGUGACCCUACUAGUCAGCAAUCAGAGCUACGAAUUGGCUAUACUUGAGUGCGAGAAAGGCUGUAGGAAUGAUGACCGCCCUUGGAUGUUUUCUGGAAAAUUGCCUUUGGACGAAUGCUUAAAAAAGAAAAAUGAAGAUAUAGUAAAGAAAAAUGAAGAUAUAGUCUUGGAUAUGUACCUGGAGCACAAGGAGGUAGUGAAUGUAAACGGUAAAUUAGCGAUUGGCUACACUCCUCGGGUUGACGACUGCGAUGAG